GUGGAGCAUCCUUAUAGCUUUGUUUGUUUUUGUUUUUAAUAACUAAUCAGAUUGCUUCCUUGAUUUUGCGGAAUUUAGUAGACAGGUGAAUGUUUUGAUGUUUUCAAUCCAUUGCUGGUUUACAGGAUGUUCAGGCUAAAUUCAACAGUUUGCAUAAAAGGAAAAGAAAACCCAAUAGUGUUGUAGCUGGGGAUGGUCGUAUUUUUUUUGUCAGUUAACCACACACACACACACUAUGUAUUCGUUCUUCACUUCAGCUUUGUUAUUGUGUUUAGUUUAGUGUCCUUUGCCUGAAAUCUUUUGUCACACAUCCUGUGACCUCUUCAGCAAUUCUCCAUCCUAUAUGUCUCUUCUCAGAAAGACAGGAUGGACUAGACAGAACAGGAGGCAACACGUAGGUUGGAGAGUCGCUGAAGAGAUCACAGGAUGUGUGACAAAAGAUUUCAGACAAAGAGCACUAAAAUGAUAAUAAUAAUAAUAAUAAUAAUAAUAAUCCUUUCUAUUAUGGACACAGGACCUGAAAUUUGGAGGAGGAGGAGGAUAGUCAAUUGCAUCAACCCCAGUGGUACUUAAUUUAUUGAUCCUGAAAGGAUGAAAGACAAAGUCGACUUCUGUGGAAUUUGAACUCAGAACGGAGCGACGGCUAAGCAUUUUGUCCAGCGUGCUAACGAUUCUGCCAGCUUGCCACCUUAAUAAUAAUAAUAAUAAUGAUAAGGCUGAGGUGAAGAGCAAGUAUAUAGUGCAUAUAUCUAAUUGGCAAAAUAUGACCAUCCCCAAGUACAACAAUAUCUGUUUCAACACACAAUUCCCAUCAAGAAUCUUGCUAAAAAACAAAUACAUAAACUUGAAAACACAAUAUCCUAUCCAAAAAUAAAAAUAUUUUAAAAGUCAAAAGAUCUCAACUAGAUUAUGGCUGGGAGGUACCAGUUUACUCAGAGUUGACACCCCCAGCUUCCACCAUGGCUUCAAGAUGGUUCCAGAACCCAGCACAUGCAAUCCUCAAUGUGUCCCUGAGAAGAUCUUUGAAAACCUUCUUGGUCUUGGCCACUAACUCAGCCUUGCUGUUGCAAGCAGAGCAGUUGGUUUCUUUCUCAACCACAACCCACACAUGGUAACUCAGCGGAUUACAAUCCGAUGGGAAUUAGGAAGACAGAAAUUGGGGGGCUGGUGAAGUGGAAGAUAUUCUCUGAGAACCUCUUCUGACUCUUUUCCAAAGGUAUGGCAAGGAACUAAAUCCUGCCACCACACAUAUGGCCUAGCUGCAACCCUCUCCUGCCAGGGAUUCACCAGUCUCCAGCAGCUUUACCUAAAAAAUCUGAAUUGAGCCUAAGGCCCUUCCCACAUGCAUUACUGUCAGAAUACCCGCUGUGGCCCUGCUUGCGCUCAACUUCAUAACCUCCAUUGCUGCUGUCCAUGUCACAUCUCACAGAAUUUACAGUGUUCACAGAUCAUUGAACAGCAUUUUGAUACCCAACACGAAUCAUUUAAUUCAAAAUGGAAUUAGACUAGCUGAAAUGUAGUUUGGUUUUGUUACAGGGAAGAGUGCUACAGAUGCCAUGUUCCUAGUGAGACAGCUGCAGAAGUAUCAAGCCAAAAGUUAAAAAAAUUGCACUUAGCAUUCAUUGACCUCAAGAAAGCCUUCAACAGAAUCUUUUGCUCUGUUAUCUGGUGGUCUCUAAGGAGGUUAAUAGACAAAUGACUUGUUAGAGCUGUACAAGCCAUGAACAGGGCAAUGUCAGUAGGGUGAGGGUCAGCUAUGAGUACAGUGAUGAAUUCAGUGUUCAAGGAGUUCAUCAGGGCUUGGUUCUCAAUCCUUUCUCAUUCAGGUCAGUAGUUCCCAAAGUGGGCAGUAUUGCACCCCUGGGGGAGGUGGAAAUUUCCAUGAGGGCAUUGAAGAAAAGUGGGUAAUAAUGGGGGUAGCAAUUUGUGUAAAAAGUGGGGCAAUUCAUGUAAAAAUUAAAAUAAUGAGUUCAUUAAGUUAAGUUUUAUUUGUGAAAUACAGUUGUUUUGAAUUUGCUUCAGAAAGAGGUCCUUGUUUGUGACAGUUAAUUGGGCUGGAGGCACUAAGAAUAUAGCCUGGGUGUCAAGGGGUCAGCAGCCCAAAAAACUUUGGGAACCACUGCUCUAGGUCAUUGCAAAGGAAUUUAAGACUAGUUAUUCCAGGAUAGAUGAUCAUGUUCUCAUAGCAGAAUCUGUGACAGAAAAGAAAUUCUAGGUGUGGAUGCAGGACCUGAAUUCAAAGGACUUAAAGUCAACAUAGGAAAGACCGAAGACCUAGAAAACAGGAAAAAAUAUGUAGGACUCUACCUCCAUCAGAUAAAUGGCCCUUCUCAACAUGCAGGAAAGGUGUAGGCAGAAAUUCUAUACUGUGUACCCAGUGCAAACUAUGGACACAAGAGGGACAAUGGAAUCAUAUGAAAGUUAAUGGAGAGUGUAGUGUUUUAAUAAGAAAUGAAAAGCAGUACUGGUGUUGUAAACACUGUGAACCACACAUGCUCAAUGUGUUUUGUUUGUUUGCCAGUUGGCUGUGGUAUAGUAUUUGGGGGACAACUCCCUCAUAGCGCUGGUUGUUAAAACACCUGAAAAUCUCUCUCUCUCUCGUCUGCUACAUCCCAUUCAUCACUACAAAAUUCUGUCGGAGGUGAGUCAUCUCACCUGUCUAUGACUUCCAGGUGUUUUAACACACACCAUGAUGAGAGAAUCAUCUCCCCAAGUGCUUUCUCUCUCUAUCACUUCCUCUCUCUCUCUCUUCCCCUCUCUCUCUUCUCUCCUCUCUCUUCCCCUCUUUGUCUCCCCAUCUCUCUCUCUUCUCUUUGUUUCCCCAUCUCUUUCUCUUUUUCUCCUCUUUCUCAUUCUCCCUCUUCCCAUCUUUGUCUCCCCAUCUCUCUCUAUCUCUUCCUCUCUCUCUAUUUCUCUCUCCUCUCUCUUCCCCUCUUUGUCUCCCCAUCUCUCUCCUGCUACACCCCAUUCUUAUCUAUUAUCAUUCCUCAAUGCCUUCUCAUUUCUGCCAUCAUGCCCCUCUCACUGUUGCUCCCUUUUAUCCCUUUUAUAUCCCAACAUCUCUCUCUCUACCACCCCUACACCUUGCCCAUCAUCCUGCUACUCCCUGACCUACUCUCCUCUCUGAACCAUUCCCUAUAUCUCCCACCCUGCCCCCUCAACUGCACCUCCACCUUUGUUCAUCACUCACAAUAUUUACCUCCACCUCCAUCUGUUACUCCCCCUCACACCCUAUGAAAGCAUCCACUCUUCUCUCUCAUUAGAGAACAGCAGACAUCAUCAAUUUAUGUUUAAAAAAUUUCUUAAUUGUACGGCCAUCAAUAACCGAUGUCCGUGUGUCUAAUUCGUUAAAGUGACCCUUUAAGUAAACGAAAAUGGCUCUUAUCAAAGGGAGAGAUAAAAUCGCAAAUUGGAGAUUUAUACAGCGAAAUUUUUUUCUGAUUUUCCUUCAUCAUCAGAUGGGGUUGAUGUUGGUGAUGGUGACGUUCUAGAUGGCAUAGAAAAAAAGUGAUGCUUCAACUAUUUCUGGAUAGAAAAACUGUCCCGGUUAAAACUGUCCCGGUUUUUCUUCAUUUGCAAAUUGGUUUCACAAAAACAAUACGUGAGAAUCUCAAAUGAAUUUAUGCUCCUGCUGCAUGUAAAGAACAUCGGAUGACAUUGGACUUCAGAUGUAUAGUCACUUUCAACAUUUCAAUGUUAAGGGGAAAUAUUCUACAGAACAGAUAUAACCCUCUUUAUAUAAAUCUAUGGUGAAUUAUUGUGAAAUAUUUCUUCUGAACAAGGAUUACUAGAGAAGUUUCUCUGCUUCACUGCGUGGAAUGUGUUCAAGAUGAUUCUGAAUUUUAAUUAAGCUGGGACAAAUUUACACAUAGGAAUUCACAGCAUCUUUAGAUAGCAACAGAUUUUACAAUUGAGAGAAAUACAACAAAGGAAAAUUUUGUUAUGACUAAAAUAUACAAAUAAGACAAAUAUCCAUCUUAUGUGGUGAACGGAGAAAAAUUACAUGAAACUAAAAUUUGUAAGAAAAUAAAAGACUGAAUUUUUUUUUUUUUUUUUGCUGAAGUAAUGUCAAAAUUGGUAGGAAAAUCUUCAUAUAAUUGCAAUGUCUGUAAAAAAUCAUUCUCCCAAAAACAUGGUCUUACUGAACACAAGCGAAUUCAUACAGGAGAAAAACCAUUUUAUUGUGGUAUCUGUGGUAAAUCAUUUUCAAAAAACGAUCACCUUACUAAACAUAUACGCAUCCAUACAGGGGACAAACCAUAUCACUGUGAUAUCUGUGGUAGAUCAUUUUCUUGUACAAGUAGCUUAACUAGUCACAAACGUACUCAUACAGGAGACAAACCAUAUCACUGUGAUAUCUGUGGAAAAUCAUUCUCUGAAGGAAGUGCUGUCACUAUACAUAAACGCAUUCAUACAGGAGAGAAACCAUAUCGCUGUGACGUCUGUGGUAAAUCCUUUUCUCAAGGAAACCAUUUAACUACACACAAGUAUAUUCAUACUGGGAAGAAACCAUAUCACUGUGAUAUCUGUGGUAAAUCAUUUUCUCAUAAAGUUGUUCUACAAACACAUAAGUUUAUUCAUACAGGAGAAAAACCAUAUCAGUGCAGUAUCUGUGGCAAAUCCUUCUCUCUUAUGAAUCACUUGACUAAUCACAAACAGAUUCAUACUGAGGGGAACCCUUGUGCCUGUGACAUCUGUGGUAAAUCAUUCUCUCAAAUAAAUCACUUAACUAAACACAAAUACAUUCACACAGGAGACAAACCAUAUCACUGUGAUAUCUGUAAUAGAUCAUUUUCUUUAAAUCGUUACUUAACUAGGCACAAGUUUACUCAUACUGGAGAAAAGCCAUACAUCUGUAAUAUCUGUGGUAAGUCAUUCUCUCAUACAAGCAGCUUAACUAAACACAAAAUUAUUCAUACAGGAGAAAAGCCAUAUCCUUGUGAUAUUUGUGGUGUGUCAUUCUCUCAUAUGACUAGCUUAACUAACCACAAACGGAUUCAUACAGGAGAGAAGCCAUUUCACUGUGAUAUCUGUGGUAAAUCAUUUGCUCAAGGAGGUAGCUUAGCUCAACACAAAUGCAUUCAUACAGGAGAAAAACCAUAUUACUGUGAUAUCUGUGGCAAGUCGUUCUUUCGACAACAUUACUUAACUGUACACAAGUAUAUUCAUACAGGAGAGAAACCAUACCACUGUGAUAUCUGUGGUAAAUCAUUCUCUUAUAAAGGUAACUUAACUCAACACAAUCGUAUUCAUACAGGAGAGAAACCAUAUCGCUGUGAUAUCUGUGGUAAAUCGUUCUCUCAUACAAGUACCUUAACUCAACAUCAACACAUUCAUACAGGAGAGAAACAACAUUGCUGUGAUAUUUGUGGCAAGUCAUUCUCUGUUGUGGGUAGCUUAACUAAACAUAAGCGAAUUCACAGAAGAAAAACCAUUCCAUUGUGAUAUCUGUAAGAAAUCAUUCUCUCACACAGACAGCUUAACUAUACACAAAUAUAUUCAUACUAGAGUAAAAUCAUGUCCUUGUGAUAUCUAUGAGAAAUCAUUCUAUGUAGAAAGUAAAAUAACUAGACACAAAUAUAUUCAUACAGGAGAGAAACCAUAUCACUAAAAUAUCCAUAGUAAAUCAUUUUCUCAGACAGGUCACUUAAUCUUCCACAAAACCACCACUAGCUCUAAUAUCUGUGAUGAAUCUUUCUCUCAAAAAAGUCACUUAAUUACAUAUACAUGUACCUGCACAGGACAAAAGAUGUAACUGUGUGGUAAUAAUCUUCUUUAUGUAACCACAACUAAUAUGUAAAGUGUUGAAAUUAUUUGCUAUAGUGAUAUUUUCAAUAAAAGUAUUCUUUCAAAAUA